CCCGUCCUUGCGCGACCAUAUCUUCUUAGUUCUCUUUUUUUUUUUGAACUGAUAUCUUCUUAGUUCUUACUUGGACGUAGGGCAAUUGGAGUCUGGAGAUCAAUCGUCACGUAGGGCAAUUGGAGUCUGGAGAUCAAUCGCCCAGAACCGUUACAGAUAGAAAAUUUAGAACAGAAACUUGAAGCGCAGAGUCGUAAAAUCGUUGCAGCCGUAUCUAUCCGCCUCACAGUCGUCGUUUAAACUUCAAACCUCGUACGUGCACACGCCAAUCUCUUCCCGCGCCCCUCCCCUCCGCCAUAUAUAUCCCUCCCCGACCCCCUCACGCAUCAAUCACAAUCGCGAUCGAUCUACGAUGGCGCCACCAAGCCUAGCCCCCGCCGCGGCGCUCUUCCUCGCCGCGCUCCUCCUCCUGUCCGCCUCCCCGGCGUCCGCGGCGAGGCCGCGCUCCUCCUCCAAGGCGGCAGCCGGGCCGCACGACAUCCCGGCCGUGUUCGCGUUCGGCGACUCCACGCUGGACCCGGGCAACAACAACCGGCUGCCGACGGUGGUGCGCGCCGACCACGCGCCCUACGGCCGCGCCUUCCCGGCCGGCGUGCCCCCCUCGGGCCGCUUCUCUGACGGCAAGCUCAUCACCGACUACAUCGUCGCCGCGCUCGGCAUCAAGGACCUGCUCCCGGCGUACCACGCCAGCGGGGUCACCCACGCCAACGCCACCACCGGGGCCAGCUUCGCGUCCGGCGGGUCCGGCCUCGACGACAUGACCGCGCAUGCCGUCAUGGUCUCCACGUUCUCGUCGCAGAUCGCCGACUUCCAGCAGCUCCUCUCCCGCAUCGGCGAGCCGCAGGCCGCCGACAUCGCCGCCAAGUCCCUCUUCAUCCUCUCCGCCGGCACCAACGACGUGACCAUGAACUACUACGACUUGCCGUUCCGCGCCCUCGAGUACCCCACCAUCGACGCCUACCAUGACUACCUCAUCAGCCGCUACCAGUCCUACAUCCAGAGCCUGUACAAGCUGGGGGCGCGGAGGUUCAUCGUGGCCGGCAUGCCGCCGGUGGGGUGCCUGCCGAUGCAGAAGAGCCUGAGGGGGCAGCAGCCGCCGUUGGGGCACGGGUGCGUGGACCUGCAGAACGAGGAGGUGCAGCGGUACAACGCCAAGCUGCAGCAGGCGCUGGCGGCGCUGGAGGCGGCGAGCGCCGGCGCCAGCAUCUCGUACGUGGACACGUACGCGCCGCUCAUGGACAUGGUGGCGCAGCCCAAGAAGUACGGGUUCACGCAGACGGGGCAGGGGUGCUGCGGCACGGGGCUGCUGGAGAUGGGGGCCAUGUGCACCGGCCUGCUGCCGCAGUGCAAGUCGCCGGCGCAGUACAUGUUCUUCGACGCGGUGCACCCCACGCAGGCCGCCUACAAGGCCGUCGCCGACCAGAUCAUCAAGACCCACAUCGAGCAGUUCAAGAAUUAG